AUGCCUCCAAAUCCAACAUCAUUCACUGCACUUAAUGUGCCGUCGAGGUAUACACUACCAGAAAGCAUGGAGUAUUUCUCUCUUGCGGCACGUCCAGACACAGAUCUUUGGCGCAAGCCGCCAGACCGUGAAACCUCCACUGCUCCGAUAUUAUAUACGUCUCUCCAAAGGCCAUUUGUUCUCGCUGAAGUAACAGUCACAGCAGAUUGGGAGAUGGAAUGGGACCAAGGAGGCUUGGUUAUAUUUUCCGGUCCUCCUCCGGGACGAGGUUUAACAGUCCAACCCAACAGCAGAAAUGAGUCUAUACCAACCACAAUCAUCAACCUAGAAAAUAACGGCAGUGUCAGCGAUACCAGGGAACGGGAGCAGCCUCUUCAACCACCACCGUACCCGGACUUUAACUUGGGGCAAGGUAAAUGGGUGAAGGCCGGCCUCGAGUUCUCUGCAGGAACUGUCAAUGCGUCAUCUGUCAGUGCCACAUCUGACGGAGCAGACUGGUGUCUCUCUCCAUUAGCGCCACCCAAUCAACCGACGAGCAUAACCUCAUUGCGAAUUAAACUUGAACGCAUCGGCCACUCUCUCUGGAUAUGGUAUCAAAUCCCGCCAUCCUCAUUCUCAACCGACCAACAAGCUAGUCAUAGCCCCAGAUCAGCUGCCCAAUCAUGGCGGAAACUGCGCGAAGUAACAUGGUUUUUCUGGGGUGUGGAAGACAAAAGCGUACAUGUUGGUGUCUAUGCUUGUCGACCAGCGAAUAUCUCCAUAUCUAACACCAUGUGGGCAGCGAGAAACGGACACCAUAUUCAUGACAACAGCCCAUCAUCGAACUCACUUGUAGUAGAGUUCGAAGACCUAGAAAUAUUUUAG